AUGCCAACCACAAAAAUAAUAGAUACAAAUCAAGGUGAAGAAAACGAUAAAGAAAACGAUAAGGAAAAUGAUACACCAUCAACAACUUCAUCACCAAGCAAUUACAUAAUCGAGUUUGCAAAAUCUCCAGAACUAGGUAAAUUUAAAAUCAUAAGUCAUAAAACAUUAUCAAAUCCAUUAAAUUAUAAAGAAAAUAUAACUUAUUCAAGUAUUAAUCAAUUAAAUGAUAAUAAAUUUUUGGCAUUGAGUAAUCAACAACAACCAAUUCAACAAAAAAUCAAAAUGUCUAAAAUCGUUCAUGAUAUUAAUUAUAAGAAUCAAGCUAUUAGACAAUAUUUUGAAUUUAAAAAUAACAAAUGA